AUGUCAGCUAAUUGUCAAUUGAGUUGCAGAUUAUGCGGUAAGCUUUUGAGAAUAUUAAACUAGUACAUUACGUUCACUUGUACUGUAAAGGCCCGUUUACACGGGCGAUUUUUGCUGCGAUUUUAGUUGCGAAUUUCUCUUUUUGGAGGAUGUGAAGGAGUAGAUUACUUAAUGAUGUUGUUAUCAGAUUUCAUAACCUGGAACAUUUAUAACUGAUCUAUUCCUUCACAUCCUCCAAAAGGAGAAAAUCCCAACUGAAAUUGCAGCAAAAAUCGCCCGUGUAAGAAACUUUUAAUUCUUCGUCUCCGGACAGAAACGCACUCAAGUACUAUUUAAAAAACGAGCAGGAGUGUUUUAUUAGGUCUAAAGCCACUCGCGAGUUUUUUACAUGGCUUCAAAAACGUUUGCAUAAUAAGUCAAAUCUUUAUAUAAAAAUCUUUAUAUAAAAAUCUUUAUAUAAAAAUCUUUAUGUAAAAAUCUUUAUAUACAUAGUUUGCAUAACAAUGGUCUUUUGUUAAAGUGUUCUUUAGCUGGUAUAAAGACGUAUGCACGUAACUAAUUUCUUACUCAAGAUUGGAUAAUUGCUUCAUGAAUUAUUAAUGAGUUUUUGAAUUAUAUUUCAAUGUUUUUAACUGCGAUUUUCGUGGAUGAAAUAAGACUAACACCGUUGAAAUUUUUUUUAUGGGGUUGGAUUACUGUCAAAACAAGCUACGAGCCUACGACAGUUCCGAUUUAUAUGUAGAAGUAGCGACACAUCAUUUAGUAAUUUUCACUUAUGAGUUAUGUCUGCGUAUUUAACAAGUACUAUUCUUUAGUGAUAUUUUUUAAGUGGAAUGUUUUAUGGCAAGAGCAUUCAAAACGUUUUGAACGACUUGUCAUGAAACAGAAGCCAAAGCUUCAUAACAAAAAAACUGCACAAUCCUGUUGUUUCUCGACGAUAGUAAUGAGUGGUCGGUUGUUCAAAUUUUCGGAUAACUUGCAUGAUUAUAUAAUAUAUAUUACUACUGAUCUGAUGCAUAAAAUGAAAGAAAGGCAAUGAACAAUCAAAAUAAUAUACCGUGUGUCCCAAACCAUACACUUUUUUAUUUAAUAUAGCCAAAAAAUUGAACAGCUAUAUCACGAUCAAAUAAAUUUUGAGUUUUUCUUGCCAAGCAAAGUGCAAUCACAGUAAAAAAACUGUGGUGCAAUGUAGGACAAGCUUUUUCAGUUGAUGAAAUAUUGAUAUUUGAGGAUGCGUUUUUUUGCCACAACCAGGGGCGUAGGAACCGGGGGAGGCAAGGGGGCACGUGACCCCCCCCCCCCACGCCAAAUUUUUUGGCGUGGGGUGGGGGGGUCACGUGCCCUUUUUUGUGAUGAAAAGUGCCCUUUUUGUACAAGCUAAAUACUAAAUUAACUUCAAAGGUGCCCUUUUGGUUUAGAAAUUUCCAAGUUUUCUAAAAAAAUUUGGUCAAAAAAGUGCAAUUUCGGUAUGGCAUGACGGGAAAAUUUCUUCUCUCCCCUCCGUCGCCAACAUUUCCUGGAAAAAUUUUUUAGGUGCACCUGGAAGCCGGUGCCCCCCCUCUCAACCCCCCAACCCCCAAUCUUUUCAUGCUUCCUACGCCCCUGGCCACAACUAAAGCGAUAUGGCAAGCGUAUCAAUGCAUACAGAUACAAUUUAAAGGAUCAUUUUUAAAGGGUCAUACAAUUUGGGUCAUUUUGUGCAAAUUCGUAGCAUUUGUCAAAAAUGCUUUUGGAUUUAAAACAUUGCUAUCUCAGUUAAUUAAUAUUACAUGAAAAUUUUAUUGUAAUACAGUAUAUCCAAAUUUAAAUAUAUUAGCCAUUUUUGGAUACCAUAAAAUUUAUUUGAUUGUGAUAGCUGUUCUAGUUUUCCUGCUAUUUUGAAUCAAACGGUGUAUAGUUUUUUUUUGUGACACCAGUUAAUGUAUGGGUGCAACUGGUUAUAGCUGACUAGGUAAUUUAAUAUCGUUUCUUUCUAUUCCUUUUUAGCUUGUCGUGACUUCUUAGACUAUGCAGACUGUCAAAACAGAGUAAGCUCCUACGAAUGUGAAACAGAACCGCAAUGGAUGGCUGAUAAAUGCAAACUUAGCUGUGGAUUUUGUGGUAAGCUAACAUAGGAUUACUUCCAGGUGAUCUCGUAUUCGUAUUUUAGCCAAUCAGCACUCAGAAAGGGUUGUCCGAAUAGAAAUCCAUUUUGAUGUUUUCAGUCAAUUAUAUCUUUCGUUAUUCUUUAUGAAACUAGUUGAAAUUUUGUAAUUAUGUUUGGUUAUAAGAACUAUAGCUCUGACAAAAAUAUGGAAUCGAAAUAAAGUAUAUUACAGGAAAUAUUCAGUUGUUUUAAUCAUAAAAUGGAUUUCUAUUUGACAACUAGUGCCAGUACUUUUCCGCGUAUCAAGAUCAUCUGGUUGUGAUGUUACAUAUCUUGCUUGUGAUGAAUACAUAUCUUGCUUGUGAUGUUACUCUGAGUGUAUAUCCACACCGGGCAAGCUUGAAAAUAUAUAUGCCUGACCACGGUGGGAAUCGAACCUACGACCCUUGGAAUACUAGCUCAAUGCUCUGCCAACUGAGCUACGCGGUCAGGUCGGUUCGAGUAUGUGAUAUUUCGGAACAAUAUCUAGUUCCCAUCUAUUAUUUCUAAGGUAAAAAUAUCAGGAUUUUUUAGGCAUAUUACUCAAUUGAAUUAUUUGAGUAAACAUCUCAGGAUUUUUUAAAUAUCAGGUAAAAAUAUCAGGAUUUUUUUAGGUAAAAAUAUCAGGAUAAUUUAGGUAAAAAUAUCAGGAUUUUUUAGGCAUAUCACUCGAUUGUUUUAAUGUUGAAGAGUUUUGUUAAUGGUAAAUUUGUGUGUAAAUUUUUACAUCUAUUUAUACAUAUAAAUCAGGACGAAGUUUUUAACCGAUUGUUAAAUUUUUUUAUUUUCUUCAUGUAGGUUGUAGGAAUGUUCUCAGCGACGAAGAAUGUCAACGAAGGAUGAUGGGUGGAGAAUGUGUCAGCAAUCCAAUUUACAUGAGCUCAAACUGCAAGCACAGUUGUGGAUAUUGCAGUAAGAGAACUUUUUAUAUUUUUUGGUUAAUGAAAAUAUGAAGUUACAGACAUUGUGUAAUAUUAGAGAGUUUCGGAUUUGACUUGAGGUUUCCUCCUGUAGUAACACUGGAUGAAUAAGAGAUGACUCUUACUGGAUUUCUAGGAAGAACAGUUUAUAACUGAUAUAGGGCUACCCAGAAUAAUUAAAGUUAGUUUAGUGUAGGUUUCUUUCUGUAGUAACACUGGAUCAAUAAGGGCUUCAUGACUUUUACUGGGUCUCUAGGAAGAACAAUUUAGAACUGAUAGAGCCAUCCAGAAUAAAUAAAGUUAGUUUAGUGUAGGUUUCCUCCUGCAUGUAGUAACAAUGGAUCAAUAAGAGAUGACUCUUAUGGACCUCUAGGAAGAACAGUUUAGAACUGACAUAGAGCUACCCAGUAUAAAUAAGGUUAGUUUAGUUUAGUUUAGGAUUGAGUAAUAAGAGGUGUCCCUUACUGGAUCUAUAAGGAGAACAGUUUUGAACUAAUAGAGCUAUGCAGUAUAUAUAAAUAAACUUAGCUUAGUGUAGUAAUGUAUAACAUGCAUGUAGAAGUCGCAACCAGUGAAACCGUCCGAAAAAUGCUCAGAUUAUUCGUCCAUCGUAUCGUUUUCCUCCAUGCAGACUGCAAGAACAGACAUCCAAAUUGUUCAGUUUGGGCUGCCCAAGGAGAAUGCAAGAAAAAUUCAUUCUGGAUGGAUGUAUAUUGUACGCUCAGUUGCGGAAAAUGCAGUAAGUACAAUAUUUAGUAACAUUCACUAUCAGUUAUUUUAUGUAUAGUCACACUUGUCCCCAGGGCGUCUCGGUAAAUCGCUCAGUGAGUCGAGAAGCCCUGGGAACGAGGAUGGGUUCGAUCCUAGGUACUAUCCCCAGCUCAGUCGGUUGGGCAAUGCUGCUGAGGACUUGAACCCAAAAAUACAAAUGCAAGCGAUAGAAGCCUGAACAAAAAAAACAGUCUAACUGUCCCAAUUUAUGGGAAAAUAUCAGGAUUAUUUCGAGCGAACUUCAAACGUACGACGCUGGACGACGACGACGAAUUCUCCCGAGGUUUAGUGGCAUUGACAUAUAUAUCUGAACUGCUUGCUGUGAUACUUUUUGGCUGUAGGCUUGCGUGGUGAAUUGAAGCUGACGAAAAUGAGAGGCCGGAAACAAGACUGACUUGUGAAGAAACACUGAAGUAAAACAGCUGGCUGGUGUAUAGCAAAACAUUUUUCAUGCAAAAUUUAGUCUUUGGCAAAACUGUUUGAAAAUUUCAGUCAAAACAAAAUAUAUUUGUUUAAAAAACAAACAAAAAACGCUAAUAUGUGUUAGAAAUUUCAUCUUUCUUUCGCCUAUAUAAAGUUGUAUUUAAGAGGAGAUUUUUUUGUAUAUUACGUGACACGCGCUCAAAACUAAUGCGUACAAUAUAUCACUUGAAGUUAAUAAUAUGACUAAAUUCCAAAUUUUUAUUUUUCAAUCGGCAAACAAACUGAAAAAGUAUGUUUAGUGUUUUAUCUGUAAAAUAAUGCAAAAUGAAGAGAUUGUAGAUGAUACGCCAAAGAGAAAAUGAUGUCUGAAGUUUAGCAAGUUUUGCUUAUAUAUACAUGGCAGACUAGCUACUCGCUGUAAGUUAUGACGUCAAUUUUAAAGCAACAUUGAUAAUUGUAUUUUAACUGACAAUUUAUAACUAUUAUUUUAUGUUUCUCAACCAGGAGAUGCAUUUAAAAGGGUAGCUAACUCUAUAAACUAAAGAAUAAAGCUAAAAGAAAGUAAUUUUGAGCAGUUUUUAUUGGAAAUAUGUGACAUUGACAAAAAUUGCCUCUUAACAUUUAUUUAUAUUUGUAAAAAAAAAUUAGGGACAACAGGGUACCUAAAAUAAUAAAACAUCGUAAGUAGCCCUUGAAAAGGCUUUUGUAAAAUCUGUACAUAGUUAUUAAUGUCAAUGGGUAUAGUGGCCUGAAACGAGAAGAAAAAGGUUCCUUUGGAAUACACGUGUUUAAUAGUGGAAACAUGCACCCCCAAAAAACAACAACGCAUCAGAUAAGGUUUAACAACUGAUCUUUAUUAUAGAAAACACAUUUAAUAGAGAGUAUUUAGAAAUACAAAAAGAUUCUAGUUUAAAAAACGUUUUAGUAAAACAUCACCAAGUUUCCUACACGGCGGGGCCGACACCACCCCCUCCUAGAGGUUUAAGUACACCAUUUCCACCACCAGAAGAAUUGGACUGGCAUAUCACUGAGAUGUAA